AUGCAGGUGAACAUGUCUUUGGCAUUGCUUCUCCAGCUGGCACGGGCUGGCGGUGCGUCCGAGCCCACGCGCGACGCCCUGCACAGGACGGGCAAGAUCGAGCUGGUAGUCUUCGACAAGGACGGAACGCUGACCGAGUGCGACCCUGCUUUUGCCGGCUUCGUGGAGCGCUUCGUCGAGAAUCUGAGGAGCGCGGGCUUCUACCGCCUGGCGCAGGGCAGCUCCGAGAGUCACAGCACCUCGGCUUUUGACGCGGAGGUCCUGUGGCCGGCGCUGGGCUACUUGAAAGGGGAGAGGGGGUCCAUGUCGGACGUGUAUCACGUCUGCGCGGAUGUCCAGGCGCGGUGGCAGGAGAACGGGGGCUGGGUGGAGAGCGACGCGCGGGGCGUGGGCGGCGAGGGUGUCGCAGCUGCGUGGGAAUUCAACGGGUUCGGCUUUUGCCCUGUGGGGUUGACAGCGUCCCUGUUUGCGAGGUUCCCGUUUGCGGGAGCCCGAGAUCCCAGCAGCACUGAAGACGGCGGUGGCAGUCCGGCGGCACAGGGCGGAGUUCCCGCCCAGCUCAGGGCCCACCUCUACGCCUUAGCCAAAGGUUGCAUACCACAUUUCGACCCUGCGCCAGAGGACGUAGUCGGUUGUGGCGACAUCGCGUCUUGCUUCGCAAAAUUGGAAGCAGUGGGAGUGAAGUUAGCGGUCUGCACUUCAGACGACCGAAACGUCACUUCGCGCAUGCUAGAGGUAUUGGGCGUUGACCACUUCGUCCAGACCAUGGCUUGCGGCGACGACCCUGGCAUCCGUCAAAAGCCCGCGCCCGAUGGGAUCUUGCAGAUCUGCCAGGACUUGGCUGUUCCCGUCGGGCGGUCUGUGAUGGUUGGGGACAGCUUGACCGACAUACAGGCGCCCGAGCCCCCCCCCGCCGCGGCGGAGCCCCAGGCCGCGGAGCCGGAUCUUGUAAAGCGAUAUCCGAACGUCAUCUUCGUCCAGGGAGAAGUGCAUAAGCUGCGGCCUGGUGCGGAGAUGUGCUCCGCUGCGGUGAUCUCUUCACUGGACGGCUCGGAAUUCAACGUGAGGUUCGAGUACUGCCUCGUCGCCGCCGGGCGCAGCUUCGGCCCCUCCGCGACGGUGACCGAAUCGCUGUGGAAGCCGACGUCGCUGAGCGCGGCUCGCAGGGUGAGCGACUGGCCGGCGUUGGAUGAGCGCACCGUGGCCGGGCGGCGCCGGCACAUCCUCGAAGAGCACCGGCGGUUGUCGGACAUGGGCCGGCUGCAGGACCGGGGCCGCAGCGCCCUCGUGGUCGGCGCCGACUACCAGGGAGUGGAGUGGGCGUGCGACUUGCGGCAUUUUUUUCCAGGCUUGAAGGUCAUAUUGAUAGACGAGUACUCCCGCUGUCUCCACAUGUUGCCUGUGAGUGCGGCAGCUUACGCUCAGAACUACAUGGACACGCAUGGCAUCGAGACGUUUUACGAGAAGGCGUACGACCCCAAGAGGAUGUCCUUCUGGACAGAGAUCGGGCUGCAGCGGCGCGCGGAUUUCGUGUACGUCCUCAACGGCAUCUCGGCGCACAACGGAUUUCUGCCCCCGCAGACCACAUCCGGCAAGGGCCCAGGCGGCGGUGGCUGGGUCGUGACCAACUCGCAGCUGCAGGUCUGCCUCAGGAAUGCCAGAGACCAGCCGGUGCAGCCCUGGGCCAGCGGGCGCGUCUUCGCGGCCGGCGACUGCCACUACGGCGCGGUGGUGGCCAGCGAACGGCCCGGCCAGCGGGACGGCGGGUUCGCCGUGCCGCCCGUCGUCAAGACGCAGCUCGCGGCGGCGUGCUGGGCGUCGCUGGCCUGCAGGACCCCUGAACAUCGUGGCCAGCUCGAGCGGCUGGCCGAUGGAGUCCGGCGGGUGGCCGCUGGAGGCGGGCAUAGUCGCCGUCAGCUUGGGCCCGCACGACGGCGUGGUCGCCUGGAAGGUCCACGGGGCCCGGCAGGACAGCGGCGAGGCCGUGCUCUUCGGGGAGCCGGCCGCGGAGAUGAAGCGCCGCCUCACCUGGCCCACGGAUCCCGAGUGGCUCAUCGAUCCGACCAGGUGGCUCGCGACGUUCCAGGAAGGCAUCCCCGCCGGGCGCCUCCUCUCCGAGCGCGGCAGGGCGGCGCUCGGCAUGCCGGGCAGGGCGUGGUGAGGCGUGGCCACCCCGCGCUUGUCGACUAG